GCUGGGAGAGAAGGCCUGAAAUCAAACAGUCAGUCCCAAAGCUGGACAUUUCUCUGGAUGAGUUAUGCCAGGAAAACCUCGUAAGGGAUGGUACCUGUGCCUCCGAGUUGAGACAAACCUGGGAAUGUGGUCCCCAGUUAGAGAGGAAACAGAGCAAUGAGGAAAAAUCUCAUGAAUGUAGUGAAUGUGGCAAGGCCUUCAGCCAAGGAACACAUCUGACUCAGCAUAGGAAAAUUCAUACUGGAGAGAAAUCUUAUGAAUGUAAUGACUGUGGGAAGGCCUUCUGCUGGAAGAUAGACCUUACUCGACAUCAGACUAUCCAUAGUGGUGAAAGACCGUACGAAUGUAAUGAAUGUGGGAAAACCUUCCGCCUGACUACAGCUCUUAAUCUGCAUAGAAGAAUUCAUACUGGAGAGAAACGUUAUGUAUGUAGUGAAUGUGGGAAGUUCUUUAACCGGAGGGCAAAUUUAACACGCCAUCAGAACAUUCAUACUAGAGAGAAACCUUAUCAGUGCAAUGAAUGUGGCAAGGCUUUCUGCCAGACCAAAGAACUUACUCGACAUCAAAAGAUUCAUACAGGAGAGAAACCUUAUGAGUGUAAUGAAUGUGGGAAGGCUUUCUUUCAGAAGAGAGACCUUACUCGACAUCAGAGUAUUCAUACUGGAGAUAAACCUUAUACAUGUAAUCAGUGUGGCAAGGCGUUUCGACAUAGUACAGUUCUAAUUGGGCAUCAGAGAGUUCAUUCUGGAGAAAAGCCUUAUGAAUGUAAGGAAUGUGGGAAGUCUUUUACUUGGAGAACAUAUCUUACUCGACAUCUGAGAGUUCAUACUGGAGAGAAACCUUUUCAGUGUAAUGAAUGUGGGAAGGCCUUCUUUCAGAAAAAAGGACUUACUCGACAUCAAAAGAUUCACACUGGAGAGAAACCUUAUGAAUGUAAUGAGUGUGGGAAAGCUUUCCGCCGGAACACAGACCUUACACAGCAUCAACGAGUUCAUACUGGAGAGAAGCCUUACAUAUGUAAAGAAUGUGGGAAGGCCUUUAACAGGAACACACACCUUACUCAACAUCAGCGAAUCCAUAAGGGAGACAAACCUUAUCAAUGCACACAGUGUAGGAAAGCCUUCUUUCACAUAAAGGAGCUUGUUAGACAUGAGAGAGUUCACACUGGAGAGAAACCUUAUGAAUGCACAGAAUGUGGGAAAGCCUUCUUUGAGAAAAAAGAACUUAACCGACACCAGCGGAUUCAUACUGGAGAAAAACCUUAUGUAUGCGUAGAAUGUGGCAAGUCCUUCCUCCGAAAGACACAUCUUAUUGUGCACCAGAGAGUUCACACUGGAGAGAAACCUUAUCAGUGUAAUGAAUGUGGGAAGGCUUUUUGUCAGAGCUCAGCUCUCUAUCUACACCAGAGAAUUCACACCGGAGAGAAACCUUAUCAGUGUAGUAAAUGUGGGAAGGCUUUUUGUCAGAGCUCAUCUCUUAAUCUACACCAGAGAGUUCACACUGGGACCAUCAUUUUCCAAGUCAAAGCCUUGGAGGCUGUCUCUGUCGCCUGCCAUAUAAAAGUGAUGGCUGUUGAAAUGAUCUGCUAAUGGGAUUCCCUGCUUCCAGUCUCUUCCUUCUCCAGUCUACACAACACACCUGUCAAAUAAGCUCAUGAGCAGUUACCCCCUAAAUAAAGCCUUUUAAUCUCGGCCUGAA